GGCCGGUUCCUGUAGGAGAGACUGAAGAUCUCCAACUGCCAUCGGAGCCGCUACUGCGAAACUGACGCCGCUGCGCAAGAGCGCGGAUUCGGGUUCUCAUCCCCUGCCUGUUGGGUGAGCGCCGCGUGCGGCGUCCUUGCGUGGAGACUCCCCAGCAUGUCAACCUCAGUCCCUCAAGGCCAUACCUGGGCCCGACAGGUGAAGGAGGAGGAUGAGGAAGAGGACCCGCUCGACCAGCUGAUCUCCCGCUCUGGCUGUGCUGCUUCCCACUAUGCCGUGCAGGAGUGCAUGGCCCAGCACCAGGACUGGCGGCAGUGCCAGCCACAGGUGCAGGCCUUCAGGAACUGCAUGAGUGAACAGCAGGCAAGGCGGCGGGAGGAGCUGCAGAAGAAGAAAGAGCAAGCCAGUGCCCACCGCUGAGACCCCGGCCCACCUAUUCCCAGAGGACAGCCCUGCAGAAACCAGCACCGAGAGAUCAUGGGAGGAACAAAUCCUAAACAAUGGAAGUGUGGGCCAGAAGGUGUAAGAUUUGGGGAUAGUCUUUGGGAUUGGGUUGAGAGUCAGACAGCCAUGGGUGUGGGCAUGACUGCCAUAAAGAGCUGUCAUGUUUUCAUGGUCAGAUCCCAAACAGCCUCGCCCAUAUUAUUCCACCUAUUUUGUCAUGUAUAUAACAAGAAGUUGGGUUAAGGAUACUCCCCUAUCCCACAUCUUGGGUCAUUGUGCCAAGUACUAAACUGAUUACCUGGGCAUUUUAAUUUUAAAAAUAAAAUUUACAAUCUAAAGGUAAAUUGGUUGCUUGAUCACGUCUUCAUUUAUUCAGUCAUUUGUUCAACAACAGCAAGUAUUUCUGAGACUUCCCAUAUGCCAGGCAUUGUGUUGGAAACUGAUGAGAUGAAUAACAUGAUCUUUGCCUUUCAU